AUGUAUGCCACCAAUAUGCCUCCCCCUUUCUCCCCCCCGCUCAAUGGGUACAUUUAUGAUUGGUUUUCAAACCGCAGAGCGUCAACUGAGUCGCUUUCUAUCUUGAUCUGGAACAUCUCAACAACUGCACGUCCAAAAGUCCUCUCCGACACGCCAAUUCAGGCCAAUUCCCAGGUUACUGUAGUCAAACCACCGCCCCUUCGUCUCCCUUUACCCACUCAAUACUUGGAUGAAUCUUGGAAACUUAGAUUUUUAGGUCGCUCUUUGAAGGAACAUAUUAACAAUGCUUCGCUCACCCCUCCCUCGCGUUUCCUCCUCGGUGGUCACCAUUCCAUGACCGCGUUCAGUCUCGCCAGUUUGAUCUCGCUACUUUAUCAUGCAAAUAUGAGUCACUUAUACGAAUACCUAUUGAACCUAGAUCUCGAGGUCGAGCAUAUAUGGAGUUCCCGCUGGAACACGAUCAAGGUUCUCUAUUUAUUAACGCGAUACAUGCCCUUCCUCAACAUAAUCUCCGUUCUGUAUUAUAUCCUUCUCGACGGCUCCUCAGAAGAAGCUUGCCGUACGACAUUCCAAGUCAACGGCUUCACUGAAAGUAAGACAACCUCCGCCACAUCCCCCAAUCACCAAAUUAACCACUCCUUGUGUAAAGUCCUCCUAACGAUGAGAACUUCUGCUGAUAUUGAUUGCGAUCAAGGGACUUCCGGCGCUGAGAAUGACCACAUCCUCACAUCGGAGACUCGCAAAUGCGGUGUUCCUGAACGGACUGAUUUACUAUUUCUACCUCUUCGGUUCGUCCCUCUACCCUUCGUUUACAUGGUCAAGAGCUAUGUUCCCCCCCACCUCCAACCUCCUGUCUAUACCAAACUCAUCUCACUUAGUAUGCCUACCACAACCUUCUCUCAACGUAAUCUCUUCUCCAUCUCCAUCUUGUCAUCAGCUUAUCUCACCUCUAUUCUCACAGGUUCGAACGAGCGAUGUACUCUAUCCUAA